UGUAAUAUGGCGAGUGUUUCUGUAUCAGAAGAUGUUGCUGAGUUGCCACCAGCAAAGAAAGCUAAAGUUGAUGUUCCAAGCAGCUCAGAUGCAGCAUUGCUGUUACCUUCAUACAGCUGCAGCAGCUCUGACACUGGUAGCACGGUAUCCACACCACCAACCACAACGUCAACAGCGAUGAUGAGUUGUUCCAGUCCUCUUGUUGCAAAUAAUGUUGUAACAUCCUGUCCGUCAACAUUUAACAGUUCUGUUUCCACUGGAAAGCCAACAACUAACUUUAUAAUGUCACCAAAUACCCAAUCUACAGUAGCCACUAGCAUAGUGCCAUCGAUAAAUUCUCAACCAACUGCGGCAACAAACAUUGUAACAUCAACAAAUUCUCAAUCUACAGUAGCCACUAACUUCGUAACGUCACUAAAUUCCCAACUUACAGUGGGUACUAACAUCGUAACGUCGCCAGUUUCCCAACCUACAGUCACUACUAGCAUAGUGACAUCACCAAAUCCUCCCCUUACAGUGGCCACUAACAUCGUGACAUCACCAAAUCUUCAACCUGCUGUGGCUAUCAACUUUGUAACAUCUCCAAACACACAACAUUCUAUUAAAUCAGAAGAAAAUGGCAAUGUUACAUCCUUGAAUACAAGCUCGGUUCCUAUGGCAACAGUUGCUGACAGUAGCAGUGCAAUGGCGGCAUUUUCUACAACAGCAACAUGUAUUCCACUAGGUACCCUGGCAACGACAUCUGUUCCAAACACCAACUCCACAUUACCUCCAGGAGGAAUUAGUUUAACAAUAACCAAUGGUCCAUCUCGACCACAGCUUGUUGGGCAGACCAGUCACACACAGCUAAAAAUCCCCAAUCCAGGAUCUAUGCCACCUCGAGGACAGACUCUGAUCAAGACACAGCCUAACUUCUCUGUAAAAGCCACCACUCUGUCCAUGAAUAACCCUGGACAAACACCGGUCCCAAUCCAGACCAUUGCUGCAGGCCAGAAGUCGUCCUUAAUUGGUCUCUCAAAGUCUGAUGCCAAUCUGAGACAACAGAUGCAAAUAGGACAGCCUAUUCAGAUCCAGAUCCCAGCAUCUCUUGCUGGAACACAGUUGCACUCACUAAACCUAGAUCCUACAAGACAUCUUCAGAUCCCUCAGUCUUUAGGAGGAGCACAGUUACAUACCGUUAGCAUAGAUCCCACGCAAGCAAUCCAAGUCCCUACGUCUGGAGCCAUGACCCAGGACUCCAACCGACAGUCACUGCAGGAACAGGCCAUGGGAUCGCACCACAUCUCUCAGUUUCCUGUCACACAACACAUUUUGUUGCCAAGACAACCUCUUACCGUUGGCAUGCAGCCGCGGUUUGUUGCCCGUGCGGGUACCACUCAAAUAAGCCAACCUAUCACGGUGCAGACACAUCAGCAAAUGCUGGCUGCUGGCAACCAGUCUGUCCUCCAGCCGGUGUCAAACCAACAGGUGACGCUUCAGCCGGUGUCAUCUCAAGUGACGUUUCAGCUGCAGCCGCAUACCGUACAAUCUGGAGUCCAGCCUCAGCAGCAGCAGAUUGUGCUCCAGACAUCACCAGGAGUGUCAUCUAAAUCAUCUGCAUCCACAGUGAAGGCGAUAUCUGCACUGGGGACAAAAUCAGCUGCUGUCACGGGGUCAGAGUUGGUUCCUGGCAGUUCUGGAAAAUCUUUAGUGAGACCUCCGGGAGGUAAAGGUGCCGUUACAACAGUUGGCAAGGCACCACGAGGUAGACCACCCGGUUCAGUUAAAGAUAGAACAAAAGCUGUCCAUCUGUUGGUACAACAACAAGUCUCAAACAAGCAGAAGUCUGCAUCUGAUGCUCUUAGUCCCAAACAAGAGAAACCGAGGAUAGUGCAUCCAGAUAUGAUAAAGACCAAACCUCGAAUUCUUGGUCAGGACAAAAGAAAGCUAGAGAAGUCUCCGGAUAAAAUAGCCAAUUUGAAUUCUCCGGAGAAAAACAAACUUUUGAAUAUAGCUAAGAAACCUAUGACAGUUGCUGCUUUGUCCAGAGAAAGAUUGAAUGCUUUAAAUGCAGAGCCAAUGAAAGCUCCUCCUGUGGAGAUACUACCAUUUGAAUCGACUUCAGUUGUGUCUUAUGAUUCAAGGGCUGCUAUGCCAAAUGAAGUUAAUGUGGAAACUGUUACUGUGCUCAAAGGAAUGACAGAUUUAUCACCUCGGGUGCAGUCAACAGUAUCAACCAGUAACCAAGCAGAAUCUGUGGCACCAAAGGAACCUCCAGUCCAGAACAAGUCACUGGAUGCAGUUCCAAAGGAAUCUGUUAGUCUGCUUCAGAACAACCAACAAGCAAAGGAUUUUUUAGGUUUAUCUUUAGUCAAGGAAAGAGACAUACUGCAACCUGAGAAGAAUUCUGAAACGGACAAAUCUAAAGAUGUAACUGUGAAAACAAAUCAGUCGGAGUCUGUAUCAACCGACACAACACUAGCAGUUCUUGUUGAUACUGUAGUGAAACAAGAUGAAAACCAGAGUGGAAAAUCUGAUGUGACUAAUGACAGCCAUGAUGACAUUCCAGCAAACAACUUGUUGAAUGCCAGAGAAGGCAAAGAUGUUAGUGAAUUGAAAUCCAGGGAGCCUGAACCUGAAGGUGACUUUGACAUGGUCUCUGCCAUGACCUGGGAGAAUGGUAUUGGUACUCUUGAAGGCAGUGAUCUCAAGUUCCGGCUGAAUGAGUUUGGUUUAAUGGAGAUGAUAACGGAUGAUGUAACAGCUGGAGGUGGCGCUGACAAGAACAAAGAGCAGAAACCGCCAGCAGCCGUGAAAACUGAGCCAGCUAAUGGAGGUUUGACCUGUGAGAACUGUGGAAUUGUGGGAGAUGCUCGGACGUUCUGCAAGACCGGAAGAUUCUGUAGCCAAACCUGUGUGGGACGAUUCGCAGGAAAAAGAAAUAUUAAAAGACUAGCUUCAUUAGAAUCUGAUGGAUCUGCAAGACAGACAGAUGAAACAGGUUCUAUUCCUAAUAAGCUUUCAGAAAGACCAAAAGUGUUGAUGGGUGUUAAGAAAAAGAAACGGAAAUACUUGUUGGAUAAGGAUGGGAAGUCAGGACUUAAAGUUAUUAUCCCUGAUGAAGAAGAGCUGACGAGAAUACCAAACAUUCCAGGUAAAAAGUGUAGAAAUUUCUCUUGGAGCCAGUACCUUAGUGAGACUAGUUCUGUGGGAGCUUCUCCAAAACUUUUCAAAGACCCAUUUCCUGUGGUAGGGCACGGCAAACAUGGAUUCAAGAUCGGCAUGAGUCUGGAGGGCGUUGACCCCAUGCACCAGUCUCUGUACUGCGUUCUCUCCAUAGCAGAGAUCCAAGGUUACCGACUGCGUCUCCACUUCGAUGGAUACUCAGAAUGUUAUGACUUCUGGACAAAUGCAAAUUCACCAUUUAUUUUCCCAUGUGGAUGGUGUGAAAGAAAUGGGAAAAUGCUUCAGCCGCCUAAAAAUCAUUCUAAAGAAUUAUUUACCUGGAAUAACUACUUCAAGAUGUCAAAAGGACAGCCAGCUCCUAAAAACCUGUUUUCUAAUCAGCCUGCUACAAUGGUUACUCCUAAUGCAUUCCGUGUUGGUGGCAAACUGGAGGCGGUCGACAAGAAAAACCUUGCCCUCAUCUGCGUGGCAACUGUCGCCGACACACUUGGGGACAAGGUUCUCAUCCACUUUGAUGGGUGGGAGGACUGUUACGACUACUGGUGUGACACGACGUCACCGUACAUCCACCCGGUUGGAUGGUGUCAGAAGAAUGGAAGAAUUCUUUCACCACCUUAUGAUUGUAAAGAAGUCAAAACGUUUACAUGGGAAGAUUAUUUAACAGUAACCAAAUCAUCUGCCAUUCCAGCUCGAGCAUUUAAACCGAGAAGCCCAGUUGGUUUUGAGGUGGACAUGAAGAUAGAAGUUGUUGAUCCACGAAACACGAUUUUGGUCCGGGUGGCCACGAUUUGUGAGGUGAUAGACUACCAGGUGAGGAUCCACUUCGACGGGUGGUCGGACAUCUACGACUAUUACCUUGACGACGACAGCCCAGACAUGCACCCACCAGGCUGGUGUGCCAAGACAGGACACAUACUACAACCUCCUUUUAGUCCAUCUGACCUUGUCCACUCACCUGGUCAGAGUGGAUGUCCAACACCUGGUUGCCGAGGAACCGGCCACAUAAAGGGAGCUAAAUACACUGGCCAUCACAGUGCCUUUGGAUGCCCAUAUUCCACGGUGAACUUGAACCGAGAGCCUCCCAUCCAAGAUCGUCUGUUAUCGUCCCGCGGUGAUGACACUCCCUCACUGCCAUCUUCAGCCAAAGUGCUGUCAGAUUCCGAUAUGUGGAACUUUGAAGAACACAGAAAGUGUCCCACUGAAGGUUGUGAUGGCUCGGGUCACAUCACUGGCCGGUUCACCGCCCACCAUCGUCUGUCUGGCUGUCCACUCAAUGAAAGCAAUAUAGAGAGAUACCAGGAACAGCCAGAACCAGUGAGAACGUACACGGGAGCAAAACGAGGACGGAAAAGGCAUAAAUUCUUACAUAUGGGAGAGCGUAGUGGUCGGCCACCUAAGGUGAAAAGGGAACCAAAAGAGGAAAUCUGGACAGAGGAAGACGCUCUACUGAAUGGAAUCCAUCAGUCGGUUUUCAUGUCAUCGAUGGUCCCAAACCCGGCGAAGGAUCUUCCUCUGUGCUGGGAACAACAUUCCAAACUGUUGCCUGGUGUUGACAAAAUCCGAACAUCUGACGUUUCAAAGUGGUCAAUGGAUGAAGUGGCCAGUUUUGUUCACACACUGCCUGGCUGCAAGGAACAGGGCAAAGUGUUUAAAGAAGAGCAAAUUGAUGGCGAAGCCUUCCUGUUGCUAACUCAAACCGAUAUAGUGAAGAUAAUGAACAUUAAACUAGGACCAGCUCUCAAGAUCUUCAACAGUAUUCUAAUGUUCAAAAACGCAGCAGAAGUAUAGGAACUGACACAGGACUAUAUUGUUAAAGGACUAUGUAUUAAAUGACCUGACAAAAUAUGGCCCAAAAAUAUAUACAUUUUAUUUAUCCCAGAAUUUACUUUAUUCAACCAGAUCCAUAGUCCAUAUUUUAUUUGUUAUCAAUAUUUUAGUGUAUAAUUAUGGCCAUGUAGCCAUAAAUUUGAUUAUAAAAAGAGCUUUUGGCUAAUGCUAGCUGUGUAGAAUGUUUGAAUAAUGGCAUGUUGUAGGUAGCACUAUACAAAUAACAUCUGGCUGGGUCAAAGUUCAAAGUGCACCUAACUUUUGAUAGUGUAGUUAAUACUACCAGUUCUGUCAUUUGUGAUAAAUGUGACAGUGUUGUCAAAAACAAAGUUUUAUAUAGACAAUAAAUGUAUGCCAUUUUAUUUCAGACAAUAUCACUUGACAAGUAUCUUAAACUUGUACUUGUAACAUGGAGUACAACAGUUUUGUGCAAAAUAAGGGGUGUUGUAAAAUGACAUCCUUUAUAUCAAAAAUAAGCUGUCAAAGGUUCCACUUUCUUUGUUACUACCGUAGUAUUUUGGAAGGGAAGGUCUAAUAUUCAUAUUUAUGGGUCAUAGUAUGGUUGAUAUACUGCAUGUAGUAUUUAAAGCCACAUGUGUUAACAUUGUUGCCUAUGGAAUUCUAUUUUGUAUAGUCCAACCUGUAGCAAGAAUUAGCUGAAAAGGAACAGUGAUAUAUUGUCUAUUUCAAAUUAUGUGAUCUGGGCCACUGUGUCUUUAGCACACAGCUCUCAGUAUGUUUAAUUAUAUUUGUAUGUUCUAAAAUACUUCAGACCUAUAGAGACUGAUACUGAUAUUGCAUUCAUUUCAAUUUUUUUCAAUUUCAACUUAUUUUCUUGCUUAUACCCAGUUACGGUUCAAGUAUGCUGUCCUCGGCUAUCUGGGUUGUCUGUCCAGGACAGUGGGUUAUUUGUUAGUGGUUAGUGAGAGAGAAGAGGUUAUAGUGACCUUACACCUACCCAUUGAGCCCCUAAGAACUCUCUCUGGAUGGGAGUCGUUACUGGGCUGUGAACCCUGUACCUACCAGCCUGUAGUACAAUGGCUUAACCACUGCGCCACCGAGGCCCUGAUAUUGCAAGCAUCAUGAGGUCAUCAAAUGACAUGAAUGAUUAGCUUGUCAUGUAUCAUAGUAAUUUUAGGAUAAUUUUAUUGAUUUCAAAACAUAAGUGAAUGUGGUAUGCAGAUAAAAGAAAACUAAAUAUGGCAAGUACAUUUAUCUGUGUCCUUUUGGUGAACAGAGAAAAGUAGACAUAAUGUUAAAGAGGUUAAAAUUAUGUUUUAAGAUAUUAAUAUUUCCCUCUCAUUUUUUAAAGGUUUUUAUUUUAAAUAAGAAAUUAGUGUUUAAGCACUAAAAAUGUUGAUGACAGGUAAAUGUUGGGUGUUUUUUUUUAAUUCUUUCCUUAAAUUGUUGGCAGGGCUAGCUCUGGGUGAGCAGAAAAUUUCCCUAAAUUAUCUCUUAAAACCCUUUCAUUUGGGGGAAAAAAAGAAGCAAUUAUUACAUAAAUUUAUUUCGUCAAAUUAAAGUAACAUUCACAAUUGGCAAAGCUAGCCUUGGUUGGGAUUGUAUUGAAUGAUGAAUAUAAAACAGGCUAUGUUUCUCCUAGAAUAUAUUGAAUAUAUUUGUUAUACCUUUUUUAAAUGAGUGUUCUUGUGGGUGGGGCAAAGAAGUCACUUGUUUCCCCCUAGAUCUAGACCUGAAAUGUUCUGUACUGAUAUUCACCAGUUAAAAGUAUAUGCUAGCUUUACAUAUUUAAAAUAUUGGUAUUUACCAACAUUUGCUAUGAUGAAUUUAAUUUAUAGAAAGCAAGAAAUUACAUUUUACAACAUAAGGUUAAAAACAUUUCCACAUUGACAAAAAUGCACAAACAAGAGAAUCAAACCAGAGAUCAGCUAAACGUUUUAAUACAAAGUCCUACAAAGUAAUUUGAAAAUAACAUGUUACAAAAUGAUUAAUUGUUUGAUAUUAAUAUUUAAAUGAUCUGAUUGGAUCAUACAGUUGUUCAUUGUAAGUAAUUAUCUCAUUUGAUACCUGACUGGUGUUUAUAUAUUCAGUCUAUACACUUCUAUACAAAUGACAUAUGUCGUCAAAAAUGCAUUUAAAAAGUGUUGCAUUUAUCAGCAUUUGUAAUGAUGAAGUUUACUUACAGACUAUGGGAACAUUUAGAUUUUAUUUUUUCUGGGGGAACCCUUCUAGAAAAUAAGUUGCUUUGAACUCUUGAUCUCAAUUCGUCGCGUGCCUGCAUAUGCCUGACCAUACCUAUACUUUAUAAUAUUAUAUGCUAACAUCUGUUUCCUCCUCUCCCACCCCCCACCCCCUUCUUCCCAGACACACAUGCUUUUUUAUCCUUAGACUCGUUGAUUUCUAUAUUUUUGGAAAUUGACAUGUAUUUUGUAUAACAAAAUAUUAGGUUUUCUAUUCACUGUAAUUAUCUCCAGUAAAGUUGAUCAUAUAGAAUUCAUUUCAUGCCAGUGGGUUUGCUAAAUAGUGAGGGCCGAAUUUACGAAGCCUGUUUUUCUUAGACGCAGGUGUUUAAGCGUUGAAAAUGUAUGUAGUUACACGUGUGUAAGACAUAAACAGGCUUUGUAAAUUCGGAUCUGAAUAUUUACACAUUGAUAACUAGAAUAUGUGAAGGAUCAUGGUGUUAAAUUUGGUUUUGAUGACCACCAAGUUCUGUUCUUUUGAUAUAAUAUUAUUGUUUGUAGAAUGACAUAGGUAAGUUAGAACUGCAUCCAUUGUGGAAAAAGAUACAUUUACAUAGCUUUUAGUAUUCAUUCUUUUAGUUUGCCACAUACAUUUUUUUUUAAGUCCAAUAUCUUGUAUAAGUAAUUUACCACAGCAAAUGUGGAAGAUUUUUUUUUUAAUGUUUUUUUUACAACCAUUAUUUGAAUGUUCAGAAUCUGCAUUGUUUUCAGAAAUUUCAAGAAAACAUAAAAUGCAUAAUAAAUAGUACCUCAAAAACAUGAAAGGGUCUAUAAAAAAGAAAUCUGACCAGUAUUUAACAAACAGUAUUCAUGUUUUAAAUGAGAUAUCGAAUAAAGUGUAGAUCAGAGUUGCCCUAUGUGCAUUUGAUAUAUGUGCUAUGGUAUAUUCUGUCUUGUGAUCUAGGAUGGGAAAAUUUUGAUAUAAAAAAAUAGGUAUGUGAUGCUCAGUAUUCCUUCCUAAUUUCUUAUUUGUAUGUUUUCAUUUUGUCAUAUAAAUGUUUUUCCAGGUUAUCAAUCUGUGUCCAUAUUUUUGAAGAGUUGUUUCUGCCAGAAAGACAUUUUUGGGUAUGGCGCUAUAGAAUUGAAUGUAACCAGUCAACAGAAGAAAAUGGGUUAAGUUAGAGUUAGGGUUAAGAAAAUCAUACAUUAAUGAAAAACAAAAUCCAUUUUACUCUUUGGCAAAAACCCAGUGAAGCUAUCUUUCUGCUACUAAAUCGUAAAUCCAUUGUAAGCUAUAAAGUCAUUAUGGUGUGUGCUGCCGUGAUGUCAUAUUCUACAAUGGUUUUACGAUUUAGUAGCGCUACUUAAGAUGGCUUCAAAAAUACGGACCCAAGUUACACCAUUUGAUCUGGUAGGAUUGUAGCUAAUUCCAUCAUUUUGAUUUUACAAUCAAUCAAUUUAAUUGAAUCUUGCGGUGGUAAUUCUCUGAAAUAUGGUAAUUGCUCAUUGGCUACGAUUGUUGUUAUUUACUCAUAGACUUAUUAUAAUAAUUGUUAUAUGGUGAUCAUCUGUCAUUUAUUCAAGUUACAGCCAUCGUGAUUUGUGUCGAAUCAUCCGGUGUUAAUGCUUAUAUAUUCUUCAGUUCAUCCAAGUUAUUGUGGUGAUCAUGCUUUCAGAUUUAGUGACAUUAGCUUAGUAAAUAAAAUUGUGUACAAGAUUUUGUGUGUUUGCUUUUCAAAGCACACAUUGUUGUUGCAAGCAGCUGUUUCUUCAUUUUUAUGGUGCUAUAUAAUGUUUUAUUUUAAUAAUUAACUGUCAUUGUAAAAAUUACAUUACACUGUCAUAUUGACAGCAUAUUUGUACAUAAUAGAUAUGUAUAUCUGUUAAUCAACUGUGUGUGCAUGUAGUUCAAGAUGUAUAGACAGCAUUUUAGUCUGAUGAUCUGGUUUUGGACAAAAGAGGCUAGAUUAAUGACUAUAAGGAAGUAAUAAGUAAAAGAAAAAGCUGUAGCAGUUAAAACGAGAUCUGAAGACAGGAAUGUUAAUAUUAAAUAAGUCUCGAAUUGGUCAUCUAUGGAAUUGUGCGCAAAUAAAUGAAAAUAAUUACAGGACCCGUGCUUAUAAAACUUUUAAAGUCUUGACUCGAAUCUCUAAUUAUUGGACGUCACAUACAUGCAAUUUGUAUGACAUUGCCAUAAUGUUAAAGUCUUAGACUUUGUUAGAGUCUAGUCUCUAGAAGGUUUAUAAGCAAGGAGACAGGUCUGUACCUAACCUACAAUAUUUAGAGGAGUAGUAAAACAAGAAUUGGGACACACAUGGCUUGAUUUGGAGAAAGCCACCACAAAAAUAGUCAUUGAAAAUCUGCCCAAUAGGAUGACAGCAUGACAAAAACUUUUGAAUUAAAAGGGAAGUGAAAAAUGUUUUAGGGGGCUAAUUGUCUCUCGUCUUUCCAGUAUUAGAUACUGAGUAUUUCCCUGUGAAAGUAGACUUGAUACUGUUUUAAAGUCAUCUUAGUAAGAACUAUAGGCUCAAUAAUACUGUUACUUGUUGCCUGUUUUUAUUUGUCCCAUAACAUUUGGCAGAUGAUAAUAUUGAUCAUGCUGUUUCUGUUAACAAAUCACUGUUGAAAACAGUAUAACUGUCGAAACUGCAGUACCGAAUUUGUUUCUAGUCAUGGUACGUUUUAACAAAAGCAGCUGUGAAUUAAAUCAGGUUACUAGUAAGCUGAAAUUGUAAUUACAUGACAAUUAUAAAAAAAAACCCAAUGAAUUCCAGGGCUAGCUCUGGGUGAGGAAAAUAUUUUGCCAAAUUGUUUAUUAAACUUCAAAAAUUGCAGAAAUCAACAUUUUUUUUCGAACAUAUGUCAAUUAUUACAUAAAAUUAUUUCGCCAAAUUAAAAUAAAAUUUGCCAACUGCUUUCAAAAUUCGCAUUUGGCGAAUUUGGCGAGUGCCAGAGCUAGGCCUGAAUUCAGAAAAAGGUUUCAAAUUAUUUGUAUAUAAAUUUUAUUUUCCUAGCAAAAUCUUAUCGUACAUAGAUUUUUUAUUUCCUGUCUUUCAUGCUUGUUACAAAUAAUCUAGUGCUAUUUUAGUGUAUAGAUUGACUGCACAUAAAAAAACUCAACAUAUAUGUAUAUAAAUAUAUUGGUAUUUUGUUGUAUUUGUUGCUUUGAUGUAGAUAUUUAGUUACGAUUAGGCAUUAAAACAUGUUUUAUAUAUUACCAUUAAAGGUAUCUGUGUUUCCAAGGAUUGGGCUUUUUGUCCAUUCUAAAUAACUGACAAGAUAUUUUUCAGAUGGAAACAGGUGGUUUUCCUCCAUCCCGAUGAGUCCAAACUUUAUUAAAGGUGAUCUGUGUUGUAUCAGCCUGUAGGCAUUUGCAUAUUAAAAAGUAUAGUGAUAAGCUAUUGUCAAUACAUUCAGUAUAAAAAAAAGUAUAGUGAUAGGAUAUUGUCAAUACAUCCUUUCGACUCUGCCUGUGUAAAGAUAUGAUUUUUAAAAUGUUACGUUUUUGUCAUUCAGAUUAUUGUUAUUAUUAUACAAUAUUUGUGAUUUGGAGCCUAAUUCACUAAACUCUAGCAACUUUGCGAUCUUGCAGUGCAAUGCUAAAAGACUUAAAAGGAGGAUGUUUUGCUGUCUAGCAGAGCCUAAGAGAUCUUUGUGAAUUAGGCCCCUGGUGGUAUAGGGCGUUCCUUAGUAAGAUGAUGACUUCAAUGAGAAUCCUCUAUAGAGAAAACCUCUUCCUUGUUUUUCAUUACUCUGUUUUCAUGCAAUUGUAAGCUUAUGAGUCUGCCCAUGUAAAAGACCAUUAGAGGAUGUAGUGGUUUAACAUUAUCAUGUCUAGACAGUAUUUCUCAUUUUGAGUUCAUGUGUGAUUCGACUCUGCUCAAAGUAAAAGUUAAAUGCAUCAUGUCUAGAACUUGUGCCUUGAAAUUGCACUAUUUGAUAAAAUAUAUGGAGCUUAUAAUUUAACCUUUGCAUUUUGCAGUCAUGUAUUGUAAAAUAUAGUUAUGCCUUGAAAUUGCACUAUUUGAUAAAAUAUAUGGAGCUUAUAAUUUAACCUUAGUAUCAUUUUGCAGCCAUUAUGUAUUGUAAAAUAUAAUUUCCAGUUUUGAAUAGUAUUGGUCUGUUACUCAUGGGUGUGACUAGGUGUUUCGAAAAGUGCACUCGAUUCUGUGUGCUAAAGUGUGAAGCUUAUUGAAAAUGUUUACUGGUUGAGUAUAUUGCACACAGGUAAAAUAUUUGAGUACUUGGUGCAUAGGUAGGACAAAUGGGUUUUCAGCUGAUAACCUUAUUUAUAGGUAGGUGAGAUGUAUACUACUCGGUUGAGCACACAGGGUAAGUAUGUACUCAACUGAGUAUGUUUUAUAUAGAUAGGGAAAAUGUGUGCUCAAUUGAUUACAUUAUGUAUAGGUAGGUGAAAUAUGUACUCAAUUGGAUACAUUAUAUAGUGAUUAAGGAAAUAUAUGCAUUCAAAUGAGUACUUAUGUAUACUUGAGUAUAUUAUGUAUAGGUAGUGGAAAUGUGUAAUCAGUUGCUUAUAUUGUGUAUAGAAAGAUGUUUGUAAAAUUUUAGUGGUUUAUAACAUUCAAGUGAAGAUUGUUAGGUUAUGUUUAGAAAUGGUAAGAAAGGAUAUACUGAAUUAAUAUGACAUGUUAAUGUUUAGUGACUGGCUGGGAAAAAAGAUUACCUGCACUGUUACUUGAAUUUGCAGUAUGUAAUGCCAUAGGUGUGUGAGAUGGGGGUUAACUAAGCAUUUUUUCAGGGUAUAAACACUGAAUCUUAGCAAGUAGAUACUUGUGAUACAUUGUAUUAUUUUAGGUUUUUAACAUUUAUAUCUGCUGGGUUUAUUGCCUGCAAUUAUGUUAUUAGUUUAUUUUUUUUUCAUUUCAACUUAUUUUCGUGUUUACAUCCAAUUAAGAUUUAAGCACGCUGUCCUGGGUACACACCUCAGCUAUCUGGUCAGUCUGUCCAGGACAGUGGGUUAG